AUGGGGGCAUUCUCCUCCCCAUCGUUCUUUUCAUCUAUCUCUCGCACUGUGGUACCGUUAAGGGUGCCUCAUGUCCGUUCUUUUCAUGCCACUCGCACUGCAUGGUACCCCGUUCCAACUCGUGUCCGAAAAGCCGUCGCUGCACCCGCUGUGGGUGACUACGCACAGUCGGAAGAAGCCAAGAGUGAGCACGUACUCAGCUCUCCCUCGGAGCUUGCACGCAAAAUUUCUGCACGCGUGUUGCCAAAGUUGCCUCGGCCCGACGUCAGGAAGGUUGUCGUGGUUGGCAGUGGCGGUCUUAGUAUAGGCCAAGCCGGAGAGUUCGAUUAUUCUGGUUCGCAGGCCAUGAAGGCACUUCGCGAGGAAGGUAUCGAAGCCGUUCUCGUGAAUCCUAACAUCGCUACCUGGCAAACAUCACAUCAACUUGCGUCCGAGGUUUAUUUCUUGCCCAUCACCACUGAUUAUGUUGCAUAUGUGCUCGAAAAAGAGAGACCAGACGGAGUCCUCUUGACCUUUGGGGGGCAGAGUGCUCUCAACGUUGGUAUUGCCCUGGACAAAAUGGGUGUUUUUGAUCGAUUGGGCAUUAGGGUUUUGGGGACUCCCAUCCGCACGUUGGAAGUUAGUGAGGACCGCGACAUGUUCGUGCAGGCCCUGAAUCAGAUCGGCAUUCCGGUUGCUCAGUCUACCGCAGUUUCUUCGGUCAAUGCGGCGCUCAAGGCCGCGGAGGAGAUUGGUUAUCCCGUGAUUCAGCGAUCAGCUUUCACCCUUGGGGGUCUAGGCUCUGGUUUUGCCAAUAACCCGGAGGAGUUGCGCGAUUUGGCAGCAAAAGGCCUCAGUCUUAGCCCUCAGGUACUCAUUGAGAAGAGCAUGAAGGGCUGGAAAGAAUUAGAGUACGAGGUGGUUCGGGAUGCUGCCGAUAAUACCAUCAUUUGCUGCAAUAUGGAAAACUUUGACCCUCUAGGCACGCACACCGGGGAUUCUAUCGUUGUUGCACCAUCUCAGACUCUCCCCGAUGAUGAAUACCAUAUGCUUCGGACUGCGGCCAUUCAGGUCAUUCGCCAUCUUGGAGUUGUAGGUGAAUGUAAUAUCCAGUAUGCAUUGAACCCUGCAUCCAAGGAGUAUCGUGUAAUCGAGGUCAAUGCUCGUCUCAGUCGAUCAAGUGCUUUGGCUUCUAAGGCGACUGGCUAUCCUCUGGCGUAUACUGCAGCUAAGCUGGCCUUGGGCUGGACACUGCCUGAGCUACCGAAUGCCGUUACUAAGUCCACAACUGCUUGCUUCGAACCUUCUCUUGAUUAUAUUGUGACCAAAAUCCCCAAGUGGGAUUUGGCCAAGUUUUCUGGUCAGGUCAACCGCCAGGUCGGUUCUGCGAUGAAGUCUGUAGGGGAAGUCAUGGCCAUUGGACGCACUUUCGAGGAGAGUUUGCAGAAGGCUAUUCGUCAGAUUGAUCCCCGUUACACUGGAUUUGAGCCUUACUCCAAACCCGAAGACUUGGACACCGCACUCCGAGUCCCAACUGAUACUCGCCUUUUCGCCAUUGCUCACGCCAUGUUCGAUAAGCAAUACACUGUUGACAAGAUUCAUGACCUCACUAAGAUCGACAAAUGGUUCCUCUACAAAAUCGAUAACAUUGUCCAGACCAGCCUUGCUGUAAAGUCAGCCGGCUCUGUCGAUGAGAUUGACCAUGAUCUCAUGAGGCGCGCCAAGCAGAUGGGUUUCUCCGAUCAACAGAUUGCCGAUUUGACAGGUACCACCGAAGAUGCGGCCCGUGCUCGCCGUAAGAUUCUUGGUGUUGUCCCUUUCGUCAAGCGGAUCGAUACCCUGGCGGCGGAAUACCCUGCGCACACAAACUACCUAUACACUACUUAUAACGCCUCCGAGCAUGAUGUCAAAUUUGAUGAACAUGGUACGAUGAUCUUGGGUUCAGGUGUUUAUCGUAUCGGUAGUAGCGUCGAAUUUGAUUGGUGUGCCGUCACUUGCACCCGCAAGUUAAGGGAUAUGGGAAAGCACACGAUCAUGGUCAACUACAACCCCGAGACGGUUUCGACUGAUUUCGAUGAAGCUGAUCGUUUGUACUUCGAGGAGCUUGGCUGGGAACGAGUCAUGGAUAUUUACGAGCUUGAACAAGCCAGUGGUGCUAUCGUCAGCGUGGGAGGCCAGUUGCCUCAGAAUAUUGCUCUUAGAUUGAAGCAGAGCGGUAUUAACGUGCUUGGAACUGACCCUGAGAAGAUCGAUACUGCCGAAGAUCGCCACAAAUUCUCUGCUGUCCUCGAUAGUAUCAAUGUUGAUCAGCCCGAGUGGACUGAAGUCACCAGCUUGGAAGAUGCGAAGAAGUUUGCUGAGAAAGUUGGCUAUCCUGUCCUUAUCCGUCCUUCCUACGUGCUUUCUGGUGCCGCUAUGAACGUCGUGCACGAGGAGUCAGCCUUGGAGUACAACCUCUCCGCCGCGGCUUCCGUCUCUCCCCUUCAUCCAGUUGUUAUCACCAAGUUCAUUGAUGGAGCACAGGAAAUCGAUGUCGACGCUGUCGCUUACAAUGGACAACUCCUUGUACAUGCCAUUUCGGAGCACGUUGAGAACGCCGGUGUCCACUCUGGUGAUGCUACUCUUGUUCUCCCGCCUUUCUCACUCGGCGAAUCGGACAUGGCGCGUUUGAAAGAGAUUGCUGGCGAGGUGGCUCAAGCUUUUGAGAUUUCUGGCCCCUUCAAUAUGCAGAUAAUCCGAAAGGACUUCGGAGAUGGCUCGGAACCCAUCUUGAAGGUUAUCGAGUGCAACUUGCGAGCGUCUCGCUCAUUCCCCUUCGUUUCAAAGGUGCUGGGACACAAUUUCAUUGAUACUGCUGCGGCUGCCAUUACAGGGGAGAACGUCCCGGAGCCUAUCGAUCUCAUGGCGCAGAAACGUGAUUAUUUCGCUAUCAAAGUCGCACAGUUCUCUUGGACUCGGUUACCGGGCGCGGAUCCAUUUCUCGGUGUCGAAAUGGCUAGCACUGGCGAGGUUGCCAGUUUCGGCAGUAACAUUCAUGAGGCGUACUGGGCUGCAUUGCAAAGUACAACAGGGUUCCGUGCUCCCCGGGCUGGAUCAGGUGUUCUCUUAGGGGGUGAUAUCGCGACGCCCGAAGUCGCUACUGUCGCCGAAGGUCUUGUUAACCUCGGAUUCAAGCUCUACUGCUCAAGCAGUGUAGUGCAAGACUACUUGAACUCAUUGCCACACGUCCACUGCGAGAAGAUUUUCUUCCCUACUAAGGACAAGAGAAAGCUGCGCGAAGUGUUCGAAGAGCACGACAUCCAAUUGGUAUUCAAUCUGGCAAAGGCGCGCGGCGAGAAUGCUGUUGAUGAGGACUAUGUUGCCCGCAGAAAUGCUGUGGACUUUGGCUUCCCUCUCCUAAACAACCCAAAAUGUGCCCAAUUGUUCGUUGAGAGCUUGGCGCUGAAAAUACCUCAAGGAGGUCUUCGACGAUACACAGAAGGACGAAUCCCCAGUGAAGUCAAGUCCUGGCGUGAAUUCGUUGGCGCUGCCAUCUGA